AUGGCUCCUAAAACAAAAGAACAUUCUCUUGAAUUUCGAGAACUUGUUAUUAAACGCUUUCAGAAUGGCGAUUCAGAAUAUGACAUAGCAAAAGAUCUUAUUUGUUCAAGAAAUACAAUUCAUUCCAUCAUCGCUAAGUACAAGAAAACAAAAUGUAUUGGAAAUAUUUUCGGUCGUGGUCGAAAACGAAAGACAACCUCACGUGUCGAUCAAUCCAUUCAACGGAAAAUUAAACAAGAUCGUCGAAAAUCAGCAUCAUCUGUACGUCUAGAAAUUGAAAAAGAACUUGGUGUAAUCAUAUCCAGUCAAACAGUUCGCCGUCGCCUGCAUGAAGUUGGCUUAUACGGUCGUACAGCUCGUAAAAAACCUUACGUUAACAAGGCGAGUAGAGCCAAACGUUUAAAGUACGUCAAAAUGUAUCGUGACAAGGAUAUGAACUUCUGGAAACAUGUUUUAUGGUCGGAUGAAUCGAAAUUUAACCUCUUUGGAUCGGAUGGAAAGGUUAUUGUAUGGCGAUCACCCAAAGAAGAAUAUGAUCCAGUAUGUACUGUUCCAACAGUUAAACAUGGAGGUGGAAAUGUUAAAGUUUGGGGAUGUUUUGCUUGGAAUGGUGUUGGGAAUUUGGUUUUUAUCAACGGUAACAUGACUGGAGAAAUGUAUAAAGACAUUUUGAAAGAUAAUUUGAUUCAAUCUGCAACAAAAUUAAAUUUGGGAAACGAAAUGCUUUUCCAACACGAUAAUGAUCCUAAACAUACGGCUCGUAUUGUAAAAAAUUGGCUUGACAACCAAGGCAUUAAACGUCUAAUUUGGCCUCCAUUUUCACCGGACAUGAAUCCUAUUGAACAUCUUUGGGAUGAACUUGAACGUCGAAUGAAAAAGCAUCAACCAAAAAAUGAAAAUGAACUUCGAGACAUAUUGCAAGCUGAAUGGGAAGGUAUUGGUCAAAAUAUUACGAAUAAGUUGGUGGAAUCAGUUCCAAGUCGUCUCUACGAAUGCUUACGUAUGAAAGGACAUCCAACACGAUAUUAA